AUGGAGCGCGAGCAAUUUCUCUCUGAUCUCCAGUUUCAACAGAUAUUAUCUAUUAUUAACAAUAAAGGGGCAAAUCAAUCCUCCAAUCCUAAGGCCAAUGCUGCUGGUACUUCUUCAAAUUUGUCACAAGCACCGUUGCGCCUCCGUCGAUUAAUCCUCGAUAGUGGUGCAACCGAUCAUAUUACUUCUUCUCCAAAUUUGCUUGUCAACAGUCGUCAGAACACUAUUUUACCGCCAGUUAUUAUGCCCAGUGGAGAACAGGCUCCAAUCACAUCUACUGGAACUUUACCUUUGAACUCUGUUAUUUCUUUGAAAAAUGUGCUUGGUGUGCCAUCUUUCAAGGUGGAUUUGAUGUCUGACUUGACGACGAAGACGACGAUUGGUUUGGGUAAACAACGAGACGGACUUUAUUACUUGGUCGCAUUGGCGUCAGCAACACCGAGCCCUAAAUUCAGAUCCUCCGCUGCCAUUGCUAGCCAUCCAUCUUGUUCUCAUGUCACCUCCUCCACUGACUUGUGGCACCGCCGAUUAGGGCAUCUAUCUUCCUCUAGAUUAGAUUUUAUGGCAAAAAAUUUGCUCAAUUUUCCUUUCAAAUCCAAUAAUCCUUGUGAUGUUUGUGCACUUGCAAAACAAUGUCGACUUCCUUUUUCUGCUAGUUCAAUUUCGUCUGUUAGACCGUUUGAGUUAAUUCACUGUGAUAUUUGGGGCCCCUACAAAAUUCCUUCUUUUUCUGGUGCUAAAUAUUUUUUGACAAUUGUGGAUGAUUAUUCUCGUUUCACAUGGGUAUUCUUUAUGCAGCACAAAAGUGAAACACAACAUUUACUUACAAAUUUUUUCUCCUUUGUCAAAACUCAAUUUGCUGCAUCCAUUGCUAAUAUUCGAGUUGAUAAUGGGGGGGAAUUCUCUUCUAUGAAAGCUUUUUUUCAACAAAAUGGCACUACUUACCAACACUCUUGUGUCUAUACACCCCAACAAAAUGGGGUUGUAGAGCGCAAACAUCGUCAUAUCCUUGAGUCAGCCUGUGCCCUUCGCUUUCAAGCCCAUCUCCCUUUGCGUUUUUGGGCAGAAUGUGUUCUCACCGCUGUACAUUUGAUUAAUCGUUUGCCCACACCACUUCUUUCCCAACAAACUCCUUUUGAACGCCUUUAUGGCAAGAUCCCUUCCUAUUCCCAUCUUAAGGUUUUCGGGUGUCUUGCCUAUGCUACUGAUGUGCAUGUCCCUCAUAAGUUCGCUCCUAGAGCCAAACGUUGUGUUUUCCUUGGUUACCCGAUCGGUCAAAAAGCCUACAAGCUCUAUGACCUUACCACUCAUAAAUUUUUCACUAGUCGUGACAUUGUUUUUCAUGAAACUAUUUUUCCCUAUGCGUCCCUUCCAUCCAUUCCAACACCUCUAGCCCCCGUCCUUCCUCAUUUUGUGUCUGACCCUCCUAUUUCUGACUCAUUCCCUACGACCUUCACAGCACCAUUAGGACCGGUCCAUCCCGUCCCUCCCUUAGCAAUGACCCAACCCGAUUCUCCUUCUGCGUCUCCGCAUCCAGCCACCUCCACUUUUGAUCAACCCAUUCCUAUCAGCGUCGUUCAGCCCCCUCCCAUCCCUCCAUUAGAAAUGACCCAGCCAGCUUCUCCUUCUGCGUCUCCGCAUCCAGCCACCUCCACUUUUGAUCAACCCAUUCCUGCCAGCGUCGUUCAGCCCCCUCCCGUACCAGUUUUACGACGUUCUCAACGACAUCACAGUCCUCCACGUGCUUUACGUGAUUAUGUUUGCAACCAAGUAACGUCUCCCAAACCGUCGCCGUCUUCUUCGUCUGGUUCCACCAAAAGUACAAGGUAUCCUCUUUGUAACUUUCUCUCUUACCAUCGUUACUCACCACAGCAUCAUUCUUUUGUUGCUACUAUUAGUCAGGAUGUUGAGCCCAGCUCUUAUACCGAAGCAGCUUCCCAUUCACACUGGCAGGACGCCAUGCAAUCUGAAUUGGCAGCUUUAGAGGCCAAUCACACUUGGUCCCUCACUCCUCUCCCUCAUGGCAAGAAACCCAUUGGAUGUCGCUGGGUUUAUAAAAUCAAACGUCACUCAGAUGGCACCAUAGAGCGUUAUAAAGCUCGUUUGGUGGCCAAGGGUUACACACAGUUGGAAGGUAUCGAUUAUCAUGACACUUUUUCUCCCACUGCUAAAAUGAUUACUAUUCGUUGUUUAUUGGCUCUGGCAGCUGCUCAGGAUUGGUCCCUUCACCAAUUAGAUGUCAACAAUGCUUUCCUUCAUGGUGAUCUCCAUGAAGAAAUUUAUAUGUCUCCACCUCCUGGUCUUCAGCGACAGGGGGAGAACUUGGUGUGUCGCCUCAACAAGUCGUUGUAUGGUUUAAAGCAAGCUUCUCGUCAAUGGUUUGCCAAGUUCUCAACAGCUGUUCAAGCUGCCGGAUAUGUUCAGUCCAAAGCGGACUACUCGUUAUUCACAUGUCGGAAUGGAAAGUCCUUUACCGCUCUGUUGAUAUAUGUUGACGAUAUUCUUAUUAUGGGUAAUGAUCUCAAGGCUAUAUCCACUCUUAAGCAAUUUUUGCAUAGUCGUUUCCGAAUUAAAGAUUUGGGGGAUUUGAAAUAUUUUCUGGGCAUUAAAGUCUCUCGAUCAAAGAAAGGUAUUUCUAUUUCACAACGGAAAUACACUUUGGAAAUUUUGAAGGAUGGUGGAAUUUUGGGUGCUAAACCUGUGAACUUUCCCAUGGAGCAAAACAUAAAGCUCUCUGACACAGGUGAAUUGCUUAGAGAUCCAUCUCAAUAUAGGCGACUUGUGGGACGCCUAAUUUAUUUAACUAUUACUCGGCCUGAUAUCAUGUAUUCGGUACAUGUAUUAAGCCGAUUCAUGCAUGCACCACGUAGACCACAUAUGGAAGCUGCCUUGCGUGUGUUGCGUUAUUUGAAAAGUGCUCCAGGACAGGGAUCUUCACUUGUUUCUUGGCGAACAAAGAGGCAGAAAACAGUGUCACUCUCUUUAGCAGAAGCCGAAUAUAGAGCCAUGACAGCCUUACAUAUAGCAGCCAAUCCCGUUUUCCAUGAGAGAACCAGGCAUAUAGAAAUGGACUGCCACUUUAUUCGGGACAAAAUACAGGAUGGUUCGGUUGUAACCAAGUUUGUUACUUCGGCAAAUCAGCUUGCGGAUGUAUUCACUAAACCGUUGGGAAAGGAACCCUUUUCUACCAUGAUUCGCAAGUUGGGAGUUCUCGACAUUCACUCUCCAACUUGA